AUGGGCAAUGUGACGUCAAGUGUGGCUGCAAAGUUCACAUUUUUCCCACCAAACCCGCCAACGUAUAAUAUAUACAGAGAAGAGGAUGGGAGGCCGGUAUUCCCAGGGCUGACGACGGACAUGAACGUGGAAAUGAAUUUGCUAGAUAGUAAAGGCGGGAACAAGAUUGUUGCCAUGUUCUGGAGGCAUCCCUUUGCUCGGUUCACGUUGCUGUACUCACAUGGCAACGUUGCAGACCUUGGUCAGAUGCAUGAGCUCUUCAUCGAGCUCAGGGCUCACCUGCGUGUCAAUGUCAUGAGGUACUUUUGGCUUUUGUAA